CAUAAACUGCGACACCCCCUCCGUGAUUGGUACGGUCUCGUCGGUACGGUUCGUCAUAGUGAUCUAUCUUUAUUUCCUUACUGGAUAUCUGAUUAUCAAGCACACUAUGCGACUAAUAACCUGUAUUCUCCUGUUCGCGCUAAAUUACAAUGCACGUGCAGAACAGUGCGCAUGUGCGACGACCAACGUCCACGUGAGAAGUGGGGCUGACACCCACCACCCAGUCUUGACAACGCUUAUUACAGGAAAAUGCCUUCCCUACAAGGGUGACAACUCUAAUGGAUGGGUUCACGUCGAUUAUAACGGUUCUGAUGGAUAUAUAUCUGGCAGUUAUGUCACUCUUGGAAGCUGUGGUGGGGGAGAUGGGGGAGCAGUUUGGGAGGCAGGUCACCCAAAGUCAACUGGGCCUGCAAAGUGCACCGAGCCCGAAAAGUCCGCCGGGCCAUCUGUUCAGUUGUCAGGCUGUCCACACAUCGUGUCGCGGGCUGAGUGGGGUGCCAGGCCACCCAAGGAGCACUCCCCCCUCCAUGGUGCUAUGAAAUACGCGUUUGUCCAUCACGGCGCCGGUGGGGAUUGCACCACACAGGACACCUGCAGCCACACCGUCCGGAGCUACCAAAACUACCACAUGGAUUCGCACGGCUGGUCUGAUAUUGGAUACAGUUUUCUCGUGGGAGAAGAUGGAAACGCCUACGAAGGGCGUGGCUGGGACACCCAGGGGGCGCAUACCAAGGGAUACAACACUGUGGGGCUGGGAUUCUGUAUGAUCGGGAACUUCCAAGACCGGUUGCCGAAUCAAGCCGCUCUGGACACCUUACAGAAACUGAUUGAGUGUGGGAAAGCUCACGGCAAGCUACAGUCUAACUACGUUCUCAGAGGUCACCGUGACAUGGGAACCACGGCCUGUCCAGGUCAGAGGUUGUAUGACCUCAUCAAGACCUGGCCUCACUACUAAUGUAAUUGACUCAGACAAGUUAUUCAUUAUACUUGGCAGCGCAAUACAAAUGUAUUAUGUCCUGAAUAUGUAUUAACAAUUAAAAGUAAGAAGGUUA